CACACAGCAGGUACUGACUGCUCUGUCUAAACUGAAAGCACUUGGUCUGAUUCAUGCUGAUCUAAAACCAGAGAAUAUCAUGCUUGUUUCGUCCACUAAUGGCCCAUUGCGUUACCGUGUUAAAGUUAUUGACUUUGGUUCAGCAUGUCACAGUUCCAAAGCCGUUCAAAAUACUUAUCUACAGUCAAGGUAUUAUAGAGCUCCUGAGAUAUUACUUGGGCUUCCCUUCAAUGAGGCUAUUGAUAUAUGGUCCCUUGGUUGCGUCAUAGCCAAACUGUUCCUUGGUUGGCCUCUGUAUCCUGGCUCCUCAGAAUACGAUCAAAUGCGGUACAUCGUCGAAACUCAAGGCCUUCCACCACCUGACUUGCUGCAGAAUGCAGGGAAGCGCAAUACCUUUUUUGUCCGCGAUCCAUAUCAUUGCGAUUGGCGCCUUAAAACUCAGGAGGAAUACGCCCUGGAAACUGGUCAGCAGGCGAAGGAGGCUCGGAAAUACUUCUUUACGUCGCUGAGCCAGAUUUGCGAUGUCUCUGGCCUUCUUCCUUCAGAUGAUUUUGAUAGCGAACUCGAGCAGGAAGACAGGCAACAGUUUGCUUCUUUGCUAUCGCUUAUGCUGAAAAUGCGUCCAACUGAACGCGUUCUCCCUGAUAACGCGUUAUUCCAUCCAUUUAUCACCAUGGUUCAUCUGCAAACGUGCCCAUUUUCGAAAAGUUUUCAUGAGUCAAUCGCCCUUAUGCAAGUGUGCCACAAGGCUACUCGUAGACGGCAACUCCUCAAUUCUCGGAAUGCAUCAGACCAAUUCAGUUCGUUGCCCUCUUUGAAUGAUCCCUGCCCUAGUGUUGCCACUUCUGUGCUCCCAUCUCCAACAGAUCCGGACACAUCAUUUGUGGCACCGGAUCCUAGAAAUCCUGACAUUCAGCAGCCGAGUUCAGCUGUGGCCUACUACGCCGCUGCCGCAGUUGCAGCUUUGGCGAAGCCAAAUCCCCAAGUAGUCGCAUGUAUUGAUCCAAAACGUACUACGAAUUGCCUCCCGGAGCAAUAUGCUAUGUCCUCUCUGUCUACCGAUGAAUCUCAACAGCCUUCCAUCAGUUUACUUUCCGAUUCCAGUCACACUUGUUCAUUAUCAAACCAGCAUCCGACAGCGACAGUUUUACUAACACAAAACAAACCGGAGGUUGAUUCUCACCCAAACGCAGAUACUGUUGGGUUGUUAAAUUCCUGCGUUACUGUGCCGCAGUCACUUUCUCUUUAUGACCUUGUGGCCGCUGGUGGCACUGCUCUUUCGCUGCUGAACGCAGUCACUGCUCCAGCGUCUUCCACGGCGGCAGUGGCGCACACUCAUUUACGCAAUUCCACCCAUACUUCCUAUGACUGCAUCCCUCAUCAGGUCCAGCAACAUCAACAGUUGCCUGUCAAGUAUUGUAAGCUGGAUUCGACUCACUUACACUUAGAUCAAGCAGAGAGGGCAGCUCUCAUGCUUAGCUCAUAUUUGGGUCAGGAACAAGUUCAGUUAGCCCCAUGCGAGCCAUAUGUAUCGGUGCCCUCAUUCGCUUCCGGAGUCCGUCCGUGCAGAAUCGAGGCAGCAGACAUCCGUAAUACUUUAAAUGCCUUUGUCCAACAGCACCAGCUGUGCCAAACUCCUGCAGCUUUAACUGUACUCCGACAACACAGCCAGCAGCGGCAAGGUCUUGUUAAUCGGCAUCAUAAAUCUUUCGUUGGAAGCUCUCAUCCAUCUAACUUGUGUUCAGUUCACCCGACAGAUAGUCUUCGUUCUACUGGUGUUGUUUUACCAUCCGCAUCCACCAAUGGACUACUGAGCUAUGUUCAACCGCAUUCCCAACAUCACACUAGUGUUUCUCAAAGUGGACAAAACCGUGUUGCGAAUCUACAGCGUAUGUCAAGUUCUAAACUGGAACCUCGCAAUCAAAUUGUAUAUGACCACCAGCUGCAGCAUUCCGCUGUACUGGUCAACCCCAGCAUUCCAGUCCUGAACACGGCUCAUGCAUCUAGCCGUGACUCUUUUCACGUGCACCCCGCAUUAAUUCAUCAACAGCCCCAUCAUUCCUCUGCGCAAUUAUCCAUCCAAACAUGUAUGCAACUCAGCCGAACGCCGUCGCCAACGUCUGUCUCUAUAGAAAUGUCCUCCACUGCCGCUGGCGCUUCCGAGGCGCUGCUGCCUAUGAACCUGGCAACAACUUCUAAUUCUGAUGUUGUAAAUACCACCUUUGGGUGCCCAGCGCAGAAGUUGGCCUCGUCCGAUUCCUUGUCCUGUGCACCACCACACACCGAUUGGGUGCGCUAUCAUUCGUGUUCGACCAGUGGAGUGAAAUCAUUCGACCAUCAGGUGCAAGCUGUGCUUAAAUCGCGCUCCACAGCUGAUUUCUCCAUCUCUACAACUACCCACUGUCCUCCCAAUCCAGCGUCACAUUUGAACAAAACUUCGGAGUGCCAACUUCUCUCUCAUUCCGUGAGCACUUCACUGACCGACGUGAAGUACUCGCCCCCAGUCUCUUGCAGUACGAUUACGACCGUGGACUCCGACACUCUGUCCGCUGGUGGGAUGGAUAGACCCGAUCCUGCUGGACAAGCCACCUGUAGAGGGUCAUUCAACGAAAGUCUUCCCGGGGGCAUCCUCUCUUCGAUCAGAUAAGAAAAU